AUGGAUUUUAAGAGCAUGAAGAACUAUAUCUAUUGGCUGUACUGCCAGUUUGAACUGAUCACCUGCAGCUAUCUCAUGGAGCCGUGGGAAAAACUGCUCUUCUACACUUUCAACAUCGCUAUGUUAGUUAUGGUAUUGUACACCGCUUACAUCUUUGUCCCUGUCCGCAUCAGCACGGCUUUUCAGUUCUUCUUGCACUUAUUUGGAAGCCAACAUGAAAAUACUGUUUCUAUUGUGAAGUAA